AUGCUAGUACGAACUGUGAGGAAUACAUUAUUAUGCACGAGAAGGUUUCAUAGAACGAUACAUCCCAAUGCUGAUUGGGAAAGUAAUAAUGGAGUACUUUUAGAUCUUAUCAGGGCUACAAAGAAAAAAGAACCACUUCAAAAGAAACGACCUGCUAAUAGGUUACGAGCGAAUCAACCUCCUAAACGACCCCCAUCAUCAUGGAACAAAGAAGGCGAGGGAUUAUAUCAGAAAGGCGGCCGAAGGAAACUUGUAAUCAAUUGGAAAACAGGUACCGAUAGAGCCAAGGAAGCAAUUAACUCAGUUAUUGAAAAAAUAUUCACUAUCAACUCUCAUGGUUUUGUCAACUUUGUCAAUCCUGAAACACAUAAUUUGGUGAAUAUCAAUAUACGUGAUCUUAUUAAGGGUCUCGAUUUAACAAAAAAAGGGUUAAGCAUUGUAAAUAUCGAGAAGGAUCGUCGAAACAAACCCAUACCAUUGGUAAGAUUUGUAGACUGUAAAGUAGCUUUAAAGACUUAUUCGGAUAUAAUUGCCAAAAAGAAAGAGGAGGAAUUAGUGGCCUUAGGGGUUAUUAAGAAACUGACCGGUGCUGGCAGUACAGAUAAGAAAGAGACAACAUUAAAGCAUAUCAAAAUAUCAUGGCAAAUCAGUAUGGACGACUUAUCUAAUCAGAAAGCCCAAGAAAUCAUCAAGUUGCUGAAAAAGGGUUUCAAAGUUAAUAUAUAUAUUGAUGAGAAAAAAAGUACCGAUUCUUCGAAUUGGUUGGGAUUAUUUGACCAUAUUGAGGAUCCAACGAAACCAUCCAAUAUCAAGAUUUCUAAGAAAGAAUUAAACCAAAGGACCUCUAUCAUUAAUAGAUUGAAUGAUCUUCUCAAUGAAUAUUCAAAUAAACCUCUGAUGGAGGGUAGCUUACAGACAAGAGUUCUAAUGAAGUUGGCGCCUAAACCAUCCGCAGUUGAUAAACGGGACAUAAAAAAGUUGAAAGAACAAAGAAAGAAGGAACGACAAGAUAAACUAUUAAAAAGAAUUGAAAAGAAGAAAUUGAAAGAAGCAGAUAAUAAUUGA